AUGUCUUUAGCAUAUGAGAACGACGACGUAGUUAGUAUGCCAGAUUCCAUUGCGUCUUCGACUGCUUCGGCUUGGACAAUGUUCUCAAAGACUUCAACUCAUGGUGUUUUAGCCGGAAAUUGCAGCAACUUGCCAAAUUUACCGACUAUCUCUUCUGCACUUGGUGUCACCACUUCUAAUGCGAUUAAUUUUAAUCAUACCGCAUUCAAAUAUAUCCAUGAAAAUAUCGAUGAAAACGAAAGCAACAAUUUUGAUAUUUCGAAUAUUCCUAAACAUCAACAAAAUGAAUUCUCCUCAGUCCUAAGUACUUUUAAACAUGAACUUAUUAAUGAACUCUGUGAAACACUUAAACGACACGUACUGCCUGAAUUUUUAGAAAGGUUCAAGGAAGAACUUGUUAUUGAUCUUCGUCCAUUUCUUAUUUCUCCGUUUGCACAGCCUAUUAAGAUGCAACAAGAAAAGCAUCAGCAGCAGCAACUAAAUUUUUUUCCUUCGCCUUCAAUCUCUCUUCCAUUUAUUCCACCAACCCCACCGCAUCCAAUUCCAAUCUCACAAAAUUUCAAAUUCGCCGCACUAUUCAUAUCAUUCAAUCCAACUUUCUCAUUAGCGAAUAUCGGAAUUGGGAUUGCAUUACGUCAACGAGGGUUUCAUCCUAUUAUUCAGUACAUUCCAAACGCUUAUCCCACCGAUAAAACUGUUUUAAUGAUUCGUGAUAUCACUAUCAAUCUUUGGGCGAACAACUGGCGUUUAGUAGUAUUUUUAAUUUGUGAUCCGGCAGAAAUGAUUAAUUCGGCUCGCGACGCAAUUCGAAGAAUGAGAAUCUUCUUUGACAAAGAUACUUUACGUGUUGUGACAGUUAAAUUACAAAUGUCAAUCGACACACAGGCUUGGUGUGUAAAUGAAUUUAAGAAAGCAGGUUCAAAUGAGAUUAUUGUAAGAGAAGAAGAAAUGUUGCAAGGUAUCAUCAAGAAUUGUGAACAGGUUUCCAUUUCUUCUCAAACUCUUAAUCCUCAGAUUCCGGGGGAAUUUCGCAAUUCUUUCCCAGCUUCGGUUAAAAUUGGGGAAAAAGUUUGGGUAACAGUCGAGCAUUUUGUUAAAGCUCAACUACACUAUGCACAACGUAAUGACUGGGAUCGUCCAUCAAAUCCAGACGGACAAACUCCUCGUCAUCGUGUUCUCUCGAUUGCUCUUUGGCAUAAAUUCACCCAACAUCCAAAAUUGACACACAAACUGUUGUCUACCAGUCCAUCACAAAUUGAUGCAUAUCAGAACUGUGCUGACGAGGACGAAGCAUUUUAUUCUGAUGAAUUUGACUCUAAUCAAAUAUUCAAAAGUGUUAAUCGUGAAAUUAGGGAGAAAGUUUUUGCUAAAGUGAUUAUGGAUAUGAGCGAGGAAUACGGCGUUAAACCAAAGGACAAACUUUGGAUCGUUGGUGGUUUGGAACAAGAAUUAAGAUUGAUUUAA